AGCUCUAGCUACUUCUCUCUCUUUCUCUCUCUCAAACACAAACACAAACACACAGAAGAGCAAAGAUGCCUCCAAUCUUGCCUGACUUUUCCAAUUCUGUCAAGCUUAAGUAUGUCAAGCUUGGGUACCAAUACCUUGUCAAUCACAUUCUUACACUCACACUCAUACCCAUCAUGGCUGCUAUUUUCAUAGAGGUUCUCCGGAUGGGUCCUGAUGAAAUCUCAAAUCUUUGGGAGUCCCUCCACUUCGAUCUCGUCCAAAUCCUAUGCUCCGCUUUCCUCAUCAUCUUUAUUGCCACUGUUUACUUCAUGUCUAAGCCACGAACAAUUUUCCUCGUGGACUACGCUUGUUUCAAACCCCCUAUCACUUGUCGUGUCCCCUUUGCAACCUUCAUGGAACACUCAAGGCUCAACCUCAGAAACAACCCCAAGAGCGUUGAAUUCCAAAUGAGAAUCCUCGAGCGCUCUGGUCUUGGGGAAGAGACUUGUUUGCCUCCUGCAAUUCAUUAUAUCCCACCUAAUCCAACCAUGGAAGCUGCGAGAGGCGAGGCCGAGCUCGUUAUAUUUUCUGCCAUGGAUUCUUUGUUUGAGAAGACGGGUCUUAACCCUAAAGACAUCGACAUUCUCGUCGUGAAUUGCAGUCUUUUCUCACCUACACCUUCCUUAUCAGCCAUGGUGAUCAACAAGUACAAGCUGAGAAGUAACAUAAAGAGCUUUAACCUUUCUGGGAUGGGUUGCAGUGCUGGGCUAAUUUCAAUUGAUUUAGCCCGUGAUCUUCUUCAAGUUCACCCCAAUUCAAACGCUGUGAUUGUGAGCACAGAGAUUAUUACACCCAACUAUUACCAGGGCAAUGAAAGAGCUAUGCUUCUUCCCAAUUGUCUUUUCAGAAUGGGUGGAGCUGCAAUUCUUUUAUCAAACCGAAGAUCAGAGCGCAGGCGAGCCAAGUACAGGUUAGUACACGUGGUUCGAACCCAUAAAGGAGCUGAUGACAAAGCUUACCGCUGUGUAUACGAAGAAGAAGACAAAGAAGGCAAAGUUGGGAUCUCUUUAUCCAAAGAUCUCAUGGCCAUAGCUGGUGAGGCUUUGAAAUCAAACAUCACAACAAUGGGACCUCUUGUCCUUCCAGCUUCAGAGCAACUCCUUUUCCUUCUCACCCUAAUUGGCCGCAAAAUCUUUAACCCCAAAUGGAAGCCUUAUAUUCCUGACUUCAAACAAGCUUUUGAGCACUUCUGUAUCCACGCUGGUGGCCGUGCUGUCAUUGAUGAAUUGCAGAAGAACCUUCAGCUCUCUUCUGAACAUGUCGAGGCAUCGAGGAUGGCACUCCAUCGCUUCGGGAACACAUCAUCAUCGUCGCUGUGGUAUGAAUUGAGCUAUAUAGAAGCAAAGGGGAGGAUGAAGAGAGGUGAUAGGGUUUGGCAAAUAGCAUUUGGGAGUGGAUUUAAGUGUAACAGUGCUGUGUGGAAGUGCAACCAAAGCAUCAAGGCUCCCACUGAUGGUCCUUGGGCUGAUUGCAUUGAUCGGUACCCAGUUCAUAUUCCUGAGAUUGUGAAGCUCUAAGCCAAAAUGCGUAAAGGUUGUUUUGCUGGUUUUUGGGUUACUUUAAUUUCAGUAAUUUGCGAAGAAAAAUUAAGCUGGAUUUGGAUUUGCAUUUACUUCGUUGAUGUAUCCAUCACUGUUCUCAUUUAUAUCUCUGCCAAACUAUAUUGCCCCCAUUUUUUUUUCUUUUAUUUAGUAAAAGGAAGUUCUUGUCUAUUAGCAUAGAUGGACGAUAUGCCUGCUAUGUACCAAUUAGUGUCUUCCAUGUAAGGAAAAUACUUCAAAAAUGGUUUGAUGUUCGAGUUUGUAACUGUGGAUACAAAAUACUAGUUUUUAGGUCUUGAAAUAAAUUCCUCCAUUUAUGCAUUGGGUUUGUUCAA